UAGUCAUAUAUGAAUUAUUAAAAUUAUAUAGACACAAACUUUGUGUAUGAAUAUACGAUCAUAUAUGAUUAUGUAUAUCGACUAUACAUGAUUAUAAAAAAUUAUAUAGAGACAUACGUCGUGUAUCAAUAUACGAUCAUUUCACCAAAGGUCAAAGACAUUAGGUACUAGUCUCUCCAACUAUCUUCUUUUCUCCGGACCUUUGACAUAGAUCUUAUGAGCUCCUCGUAGAAGAUUAUGAAGAGUAUGCACUAGAUCUUCGUAAGGUAUCUCUCCAUCAUUUCAGGAUAUUCCUAGAUAGUUGUGUUCUAACCACCGUUUCUCACAUUUUCUUCAUCUCGGUAGGGUGUUCCAAGAGUACGGUGGUCGAAAGAGCAAGACUGAUGGAGUUGCAUCUUCCUCGAGAGCAACGAACACUACCUCUUUGAAGAUGAACUCGUUGCAAGUGCUCUUGAAGCCUUGGAUAUCUACUACGUAGGCCAUGGCGAAAUGAUUACUAAAACGUAUCUGGUUCCUCUUUAUACUGCUUGCGAGAGCUAUGUCAACCAAUCAGAUGACGACUUCCCCCUCCACUUUCCUCUUAGUCAAUCAGAUCAAUGCUUCCCCUUCUACAUUCUUACGAACCAAGCAGCGUUACAGCUUUUCUACUGCAUUAUAGUGGGGAGACCUCUACUUAAGAAAAAAUUGAUGCUUAAAGAAUCAUUAUUGUUCAUCGACUCGUGGAGUAAGGAGCUGCUGUGUAAAAAGUGACAAGUUAUAUAAAAAGUUUUGUGUAAAAGUGCCAAUAGAUCAUCGAACGAAAGUGUACAACGAACUUCUUAACUGCUGAACUACAAUCUGGUGGAUGCUGAAUCGUUAAAGGAAGUGUAAAAAGUGACAAGUGCUGUGAAAAAGUGUAACGCUACCAGACGUUGAAUCGCUGUACGACGAAUCUCUGCUGGACAACUUAAAAAGUGAUAAAUCAAAAUAGUGCAACGUUUCAACAAAACUGUCGAACGACGAAUUGCUGCCCAACAAACUGCCGAACAUCAUUUUCUCCAUUAAUAAGUGAGUCAAAAAAAUGGAUUUAACAAACGAAUUAGUAGACAUAGUGAAAGAGUUGUGGCGUAUUGUAAAAUAUGCUUGUGAUGGAGACUUAAACUCUAGCGACUUGCAAAGGUCGAUUGAUUUAACCUCUAAAACUAUUAGUGAAGUGGAAGAAUUAAUAGAGUCAUCAGCCUUAAAUAUUUAUAAGAAAAAGACAUGUCAAACUUCGUGUGGUCAACUUUAUAGUAUUCAUCGAUUACUCAACAACUGCUUACUAAAAGUUGGCAGUGGACUUGAAGGGGUUAUUCCUAGUGUGACGUGGGAUGAUACUAAAUCAGCAUUCAAAAAUAACCUCAAAACUGGUGUUAUAACAAACGUGAAACAUUUGGACAUAAUCAUGGAAGGCGCAUGUGUUCUCUUUAUGUUGAAAAUUGAAGAAGCGUUACUAGUGCAUAAGUCGAUAAAAGUUGACACAAGUCUCGCUGCAGAGUACAUGAUUGUCGAAGAAAAUAAAGAAAUUGUGGAAGUCCAAUAUUUCAAUACAAAGUCUGCUUCAAUCUACGCAACUAGUGACUUAAAAGAGUAGUUUGCAGUUAAUGUUAAGCAGCCGAUUGAACGAGACAUGGAAGAGUUCCAGGAACGAGACUCUGGAUGGACUUUAAGGAGCAUUCUCAACUUAACGGAGAAUAUGAAAAAAUUUAGCCCCAUGAUAGCUGCUUCAUACAUCGAGUUACCAAUGGCUAUACAAAAGAAAAGAGCAUGUGUCAAUGUUCAAAAUCAAGACAACGAAUGCUUUAAAUGGGCCAUUCUCUCAGCUUUACAUCCUGUAGAUAUAAAUGCAUAGCGAGUUUCAAAAUAUCAAGCCUAUUCGAAUGAGUUGAACUUCAAAGAUAUUGAAUUCCCAGUAUCUGUAAAGCAAAUACCGAAGUUUUUGAAGCAGAAUGACAUCUCUGUAAAUCUCUUUAUACUCAAGAAGAAGGGUAGUGUAUUUAAUGUGUCGCCAUGUCACUUGACAGCUUCAAAGAAAGAUAAACAUGUGAACCUGUUGCUGGUACAAGACACUUAUAUAGAUGAGAACGAAGAACAACAAGGAAAUUUGAGAAUUCCACGAUUCCAUUACGUAUGGAUUGAAGAUUUGUCUCGUUUAGUAAAUUUACAAUUAUCAAAGAAUUCACAUAAAAAACAUCUCUGUGAUCGUUGUCUUCACUAUUUUCAUGAUAAGCCAAAAUUGAAAGCUCACGUAGUCGACUGUUUACAAGCAAAUAUGUGCAAAGUGUUGUUACCUCAAGAAAAAUACAGCGUGCUGGACUCAAAAACGUCAACAAAGCAAAGAGAGAGUUCCAAUAGUUGUGUAUGCAGACUUCGAACGCAUACUCAAGCCUGUUGACGAUAAUCGAGCUUACCAAGAGCAUAAACCCUUCAGCAUUGGCUGUUAUGUUCAAUACACUUAUGACGAAUUCAAGUACAAGUACAUCAGUUACAGAAGAAAGACAGAACAAGACGAAGAUCCUGCGAAAUGGUUUGUUUCACAACUCUACAUGCUAGCUGAAGAACUCACCAACAUGCACAAGAAUCCCUUGCUAAUGAAGGAUAUGGAUCAAAGAUCGUUUGAUUGUGCUACGACUUGUCACAUCUGUAGAGGACCGUUCAACGUGACAGACAUCAAAAUUCAAGAUCAUUGUCACCUUACGGGACAGUAAGUAUUCCACAACUUGAGCGCAUAUGAUUCGCACUUGUUCGUAAAGGAGCUUGCCGAUAACUCCAAGGGACGAGUCUCUAUCAUACCGCAAAAUAAAGAGAAGUACAUCUCUUUCACCAAACAUAUUGAUAGAAGUGACAUCAACUUCAAGUUUAUCGACUCCUUCCGAUUCAUGCCAUCUUCACUUGACAAAUUUGUAGCGUAUUUAGACAAGUUGGAAAUAGUCGAUAGAGAGUUCAAGAAGGAGUUCAGCGAUGUUCCCGUACGAUCAUAUCAAAUCUUUUGACUACUUGAACGAGAUCUCCCUUCCAGACAAGGAGAGUUUCUAUAGUAGCCUCUAUGAUAGUGGAAUAUCAGACGAGGACUACAAGCAUGCUCAGACGGUCUGGAAUGCUUUUAAUAUCGAAACACUUGGUCAGUACUCAGACCUAUUUCUAAAAACUGACGUACUUCUCCUCGCUAACGUGUUCGAAGACUUCAGAUCCAAGUGUCUCCAUACCUAUGAGCUAGAUCCUGCUCAUUACUAUAUCACCCCCGGAUUUACAUGGGAUGCUAUAUUGAAGUAUACUGGCAUCAAGCUCCAGCUGCUAACUGAUAUAGACAUGCUACUACUCUUCGUCGAGCGGGGCAUCCGAGGUGGUAUCAGCCAAUGCUGUAAUAGAUAUGCCAAGGCCAACAAUCGAUACAUGGAGUCUGGAUACGAUGAGGAUGAAGAGUCAAAGUACCUGAUGUACUAUGAUGUCAACAACCUAUAUGGAUGGGCAAUGACACAAUCCCUGCCAUGUGAUGGCUUUAAGUAGGAGGAAGACCUGAAUUGUGACUUCUUCAAUGUUCCCGACGAUGCUCGUAGGAUACAUUCUGGAGAUAGACCUCGAUCCGGAAAGUCUCCACGAUACUUACAAGGACCUUCCACUCUGUCCAGAGCAUGCAGCACCACCAGGAUCAAACCAAGAGAAGUUGCUAACCACUGAACAACAAGGAUCGCUAUGUCCUGCAUUACGUUGCUAUCAAGCAAGCUCUCAAGUACGGUAUUCGAUUGAAGCAUAUCCAUCGUGCUCUCCAAUUCAACCAGAAGCCAUGAUUGAAGCCAUUCAUUGACUUGAACAGCGAGAUGAGAAAGAAUGCGAAGAAUGAGUUUGAGAAGAUGCUCUUCAAACUCUUUAAUAACGCAGUGUAUGAUAAGAUUAUGGAGAAUGAGCGAAAGAGAGUCGACGUGUAGCUGGUAAACAAGUGGGAAGGUAGCUAUGGCUGUGAGACAUACAUUGCUCAGCCCAACUUCCACAGCUGAGCGAUUUUUAAUGAGAAUCUCGUGGCUGUACAACUUGCCCGCACUGAGAUCUCUGUUCGCAAGCCCAUCUACAUUGGAUUGGCAGUGUUGGACUUGUCGAAGAGUCUUGUUUACCGCUUCUACUACGAAUACAUGCAGGAGCGAGUGGGAGACAAGGCUAAGUUGCUCUACACUGACACGGACAGUCUCAUCUAUGAGGUCAGCGAUGUAGAUAUGUAUGCUGUGAUGACGGCUGACCUUCGUGAGUUCGACACUUCUGAUUAUCCUGCUGAUAAUCAGUUUAACAUCCCUCAACAAGAAGAAAGUCGGACUUGUGAAGGAUGAGUGUAACGGCAACAUCAUGACAGAGUUUGUCGGGCUCCGUAGCAAGAUGUACUCGGUCAAGGUGCAAGACCAACAGCCUAUCAAGAAGGCAAAGGGUGUAAAGUCGUCAGUCGUUAAGUCGACUAUCGAGUUUGAUGACUACAUCCAUUGUCUUCGAGACAAUGCAACAAUCAUGAGACAGCAGAAGAACAUCCGCAGCCGUCUUCAUGUCAUUAGAAGAGAGAAAGAGCAAAAGAUCGCUCUGAGUCCACAUGACGAUAAGCGAUACCAGAUCCCCGGUCAGACGGAUACUGUACCGUGGGGUCAUUACAUGAUUGAUGGAUAUCAGCUUAUCGAGGAAGAUGAGCCAUCUGCGAAGAGAGUCAGAUUACAUUAGAUCACAGCUCUACUGCGCAGACUCCCUGCCAACCAAUCCGAUGUGUGAACCGCCGUCACCGCUGGUAGUAGUGGUGGGGAAGACAAUACUUAAGGAAGCCCAACGCUCUCGAAAUCAUUCUCGAUCAACGAGCUAUAGAUCAAAGACCUCAAAGAUGGACGCUAUCAACAAGAUUGCCAGCGGAGGAUUCCUUCCCACGAAGAAGAUGUCUGAGCUACAGACCGGACAGAAGCAUAUGGUGACAUCCCUACGUCCAGUCAAAACCAGAUAUGGACUGAGAAUUGUGGCUACUCUAGACGAUGAAUAUCAGGUGUUCCUCCCUCCCGGUGUAUCAGCUGCAUUGGAGAAGGACAAAGAGACCUUUGAGAGUAAAUCUAGUCAAGCCAUGGAGAUGAAGCUGUCCCUGACCUCAAAAGGCGAAAAUAACAUUGAAUUUUGUAUUGUCUGAAUGUUAACCAUUGUAAAUAAUUGUUUGAAUAAAUAAAGGAAGUUAAUGGAGAGAUAGUUAACUAUGGUUGUAUCUCACAGGUAAGAGCGAACGUGGGGCUCUCAUCACUU